CAGAAAGCUAACUUUACAAUGCACAAAGACCAUACCAAACAGCCAUAUGAUGCCGCAGUCGUAGGAGCUGGUCCCGGAGGUCUCACCGCCGUUGCGAAUUUGCUAGACCAAGGUGCAGCGAAGGUGGCUUGGAUAGAUCCAUCCUUCAAGGCAGGUCGGGUUGGCGAUCAGUACCGCGAAGUACCUAGCAACACGCGGGUUAAACUCUUCUUGGAAUUCGUUAACGUCAGCCCGACUCUUGCAGCUCUGGUCAAGAAUGCGACCGCUCCAAACUCUCACACGGUCAUGACAGCACUCGACCCAGACAAGGGUUGUACACUAGAUUACGCAGCCGAUCUGAUCGUCUUCCUAACCCGAGAACUUGUCAAACAACGCUCGAUCUCUGUUUCUCCAGUCACUGGUCUGGUGCAAAUGAUCGAGUCAAAGGACAACUCUCCCUGGAAGCUGGACGUAGAAACACAGGCUGGGAGAGAUCUCAUGACCAGUUUAAUCGCACAUCGAGUGGUUCUAGCUACAGGUGCUGCCCCUAGCGUACCAUCAUCACCACCAAUUCCUACCCUCGACUUGGAUUUGGCCCUCACCCCAUCCCGCUUGCGUACUUCACUCGCCCAGCUUCCAUCAGAUAGCAAAAUCGCUGUCGUUGGUGGUUCCCAUUCGGCUAUCUUGGCCCUAAAGAACAUCACGGACGUCUCUCCUCAUCGACCUAUCAUUCACUUACAUCGAUCUCCAUUAAAGUUUGCUGAACAGAAGGACGGGUGGAUACUUUACGAUAACACCGGUUUGAAAGGUCUAGCAGCAGAUUGGGCCCGGGACGUGUAUCCUUUCCUCCCCCACAUCAAACGGAUUCAACUACCGAAGGAUCCUAGCGGGGCCGAACUGAUAUCUCAACAACAUCUUGUGGAUUGCUCGAGAGCCAUUUACGCAAUUGGCUAUAGACCAAAUCCACAUCCUCAAGUGAUGGUAGAUGGGCUCAGACAGUCUCUGAUCUGGGAUCCCAUAGGCGGAAGCUUGGGUCCAAGGGGAAUUUAUGGAUGUGGUAUCGCAUUUCCUGAGCAAGUGACCGAUCCUGCAGGAAAUGUAGAGUCUGCAGUUGGGUUUUGGAAAUUCAUGCGGUUUGUCAAACAAAUAAGUCAGAGUUGGGUGUAGUACUACUUGGCAGAUUUUCCUUCGGGACGUAUAGUGUAUGUAAUGAUUUAGAUAAAGUCUAUGAAAUGUGUUUGUACAAGAAGAACAUCAGUAUGAAGUUCAGCAUGG